AGCUACGGGAUAAAAAUGGUCCCACUAACCCGAGCGGGGUGCGGGGUCCGGGAGAACGCGAGGGAGUUACGUGAGAUCAGGCAAUCAGGGCAGGCCCUCGGGGGUCUCCCCUGGGGUCUCUGUGCCCCCGCCCCGCCCCCGCCGGGGCCCCUGGACCGCGAGAUGCUUCUGGCUCCGGAUGGCCUCCCCACCCCCGCUCAUCUGCGCGCUCCUCCUGCGGCGAUUCUGGCCCUGCCCGCCAGGAGGGGGGGCCCGGGCCGGGUCGCCGCCGCGCGCGGCAGGAGGAGCCCGGGCGUCCGGCGCGCGCCCACCCCGGGGGCGGGUGAUCCCGGCCGCGCGCGUGACUCCGCCCCGCCCCGCCCCAGCUCGCGCUCUACCUAUCCGCCCCGCGCCGCAGACGCUCCGGGUCCUCGGAGUCUUCCGCGGGCGCCGAGCCCGCCCCGCGGAGCCCAUGGAGCCGGCGCGGGGCGCGCUCCGUGCGAGCGGCGGGGCCGAGGCGCUGCUGCGCGAGCUGGAGGGUUCCUGUGCCUGCGCUCCGAGAAUCUCCUGGUCUUUGCCCUGGGCGUCACCGUCCUGGGUGUGUGCCACUACACGCUCACUGUCAAGGGCAGCCACCUUGCCACUCAUGGAGCCCUCACCGAGUCCAAACGCUGGAGCCAGAUCUGGGUGCUUUUCUUCGUGGAGGUAUGCACGUCCUUCACUGCAGAGCACGCCAGGUACGGACACGUCAAGGUGCACCACGCGUACACCAACGUGCUGGGCCUGGGGGACUCAAGCACGUGGAGGCUGCCUUGCCUCAACCGCUACGUCUACAUGUUCCUCGCGCCUCUCCUGAUCCCCAUCAUAACCCCGCUGGUGGCUGUCGAACGGCUGAGGGAGGUGGAGCUCAGGACAGCCCUGCGGACGCUUGGCCUGAUUUCCCUGGGCCUUUAUUCUCACUACUGGCUGCUCCUGAAUGUGUCCGGCUUCCAGAGCCCCAGCUCAGCCCUGGUCUGCAUGCUCGUCACCAGAUCCCUGCUGGCCCACCCUUACCUUCAUGUCAACAUCUUCCAGCACAUCGGGCUGCCCAUGUUCUCCCGGGACAAGAAGCCCCAGCGGAUUCACAUGAUGAGCCUGGGGGUGCUUAACCUGCCCCGGCUGCCCGUGCUGGACUGGGCGUUCGGGCACUCCCUCAUCAGCUGCCACGUGGAGCACCACCUCUUCCCCAGGCUGUCCGACAACAUGUGCCUGAAGGUGAAGCCCGUGGUGUCCCAGUUCCUCCGUGAGAAGCAGCUGCCGUACAACGAGGACUCCUACCUGGCUCGCUUCCGGCUGUUUCUGCACCACUACCAGGAGCUCAUGGUGCAGACCCCUCCCAUCACAGAGCUGGUGGGGCUGCAGUGAGGGCCGGGCCCGGCACAGUCAGCCCGCCCUCCCUCCGGGCCCACCCGCGGCUCUCCUGUUUCUGCCGGCCGUCCCUGGGGCUGGGAGGGGCGGGCCCUUGCCCAGUGGGCGUGGCUCGGCUGCCUGGAGUGUGGAGGUGCGGGGUGGGCCGUGAGACGGGGAGCUCAUGCUGGGGGGCCGGGGGGUCACCUGCCCUGCUUGCUUUUCCGGGCUUUGAGGAAUAUCUGGAGGAAAGGAAUAAAGGUGGCCAGGCAUCCUUGUCAGUCUGGACCUCA